GAUGACGAGUCGUAGGAACUACCUGAAGAGCUUGAUGCUCCAGAUCGCUGCCGGCUUGCUCGAGGCUGAGGCGGUCGAGGCUGAGGCAGAGAAGGCCAGGUACAUGAAGGAGAACUGCCCUGUCCCUGAAUUCUUGGUAUGCAUGGCAGAGCUCACGGACUUGUGCAAGAAGCUCCAUCAGAAGAUCGAGAGGGUUGAUGAGGAGAGAUACGACAUGUCAACCAAGGUGACCAAGUCCGAGAAGGAGGUUGAGGACUUGAAGAUGAAGGUAGUUGAACUGAAUGGUAAGUUCAGGAAGCCCGUCCUGAAGAAAGUCCGCAUGUCUGCUGAUGCUAUGCUCCAGGCUCUGCUGGGCUCCAAACACAAGGUGUCCAUGGAUCUGAGGUCCAACCUGAAGCAAGUCAAGAAGGAGGUCAAGGAAGAGGACAAAGAUGCUGUGGGAGACUGGCGUAAGAACAUCGAAGACAAAUCAGACAGAAAGAAGAUGUUUGAGACUCAUAAGGAGUAGAUGUUACUGGAGAUCCAGACAGGAAGUAGUUUGAGACUCAUAAGGAGUAGAUGUUACUGGAGAUCCAGACAGGAAGUAGUUUGAGACUCAUAAGGAGUAGAUGUUACUGGAGAUCCAGACAGGAAGUAGUUUGAGACUCAUAAGGAGUAGAUGUUACUGGAGAUCCAGACAGGAAGUAGUUUGAGACUCAUAAGGAGUAGAUGUUACUGGAGAUCCAGACAGGAAGUAGUUUGAGACUCAUAAGGAGUAGAUGUUACUGGAGUUCCAGACAGGAAGUAGUUUGAGACUCAUAAGGAGUAGAAACAAAAACCUGUCUGGAACUCUUGUGACACGUAUCCACGUGUUUAAUCAAACUCUCCAGUUUAAACGAACGAGCUAUGUGUUCGGAGUUCCGUUUGUCCCCCAAUUGGAUAUCUAGUCUUUUGUUUCACACGAAACACAAAAACAGUUACGUGACCCCCCCCCCCCCCAAAACAAA